AUGGUGCCCUGCAGGUUCUUCGCGAGAGGCAACUGUGCUCGAGGUUCAGAAUGCCGCUUCGACCAUUCUCAAUCUCUUCGGCGUCAUCACGAGCCUGGUACCCGUACUUCUCUGCGCGCCGACGCUCCAGAGUUCCAGGUCACUUCGUCUCCUAAACCUGUUUGUAAAUUCUACAACCGGGGGACGUGUCGGAACGGCUCUGAAUGCCCCUACCUCCAUCCUGCGCACUCGCACAGUUCUGUGAACCGGGCGGCUAGCCGAGCUGAGACACAGGUUCUGCCAUUGGCGAGAGAUCCGCUUCCUGUGGAGCGGUUCCUCAAAGGCGUCCGCGUCCGCUUUGGCGAAGGUUCCCAGAUCCUCGAUGUCAAGUUCCCGUCAGACGAACCCGGAGUCCAUGGAAACCCCCCUAUCACGAAAGUUCAAGUCUCGACGGUAUUCUGUUCAUGGUAUAAUCCUUCGAGGAUUGUAUGGUUGCACUACCGCAGCAGCCUAUGGGCGACGAACGCCAGCAAGAGAUUCGAGAAAAGGCUUCAUGGUCGUCAGAUUAGGGUCAAAAUACAACCUCCAUCCAGGCACCAUGGACGGCCGAAGUCGAUAUGGUCGCUGCAGCUAAACAAUGUCUUUGCUGAAACUACGAAAAAGGACCUACAGGAGCAUCUCAAAGGCGUUGAACCAGACGACAUCGUGUUCGGUGCAUUGACUUCACGAAAAACCCAACAAGAAGCUGUGGACUGGGUUAAAGCGCGCCUUACUGAGUCUGGACGCAAACUGCGAUCGUUCAACUUCGAGCCGAACACAACUGGUUCUCGCAUGAAGGCUUUCGCUUGCUUUGAUUCUCCAUCAGUCGCCCGAGCCGUGGUUGCCCUCGCGCAAGCCAACUUCCCAGACCUUGGCUCAAAAUUAUUUGUCGAAUUGGUCGCCGCUGUCUCAAUACCAGUCCUUCGCGAACUUCACUCCAUCCUCAAAGAUAAACUCGAGGAGCUCCAAGCACACAACAAGUACGAUGUCAGGAUUUCUGUAUACGACCACCGGGAGGUCAAGCUUGUCAUGCUGAGAAUCUACGGACCAAGGCCACAAGCUGUCGCGCAUGUCAAAACGAAACUCGGAGAAAUGUUGACGGGCACUGUUGUGCUCGACGAUUCUGGCUCAGCUUUGUGGCAUGACUUCUUUUCUACAGACGAAGGCUUAUCAUGCCUCAAAUCUGUCUCUCAAAAUGGUAAAGUCUUUGUUCAUAGAGACUUGCGGAAACAACAACUUCAGCUCUACGGCUUUGAGACUUUAUUUGAGGAUGCCCGCCGCGCGAUCAUCCAACGUCUCGCCUCCCACUCGUCAGUCCAUCUGAUUGCCCUAGAAGGUGAGCUCUUCGCAACGGCCCUGUCCGGGGGGUUUCGCCGUUUAGUGAGGAAAUUCGGCAAGCAGAAUGCAAAACUGGACGUCCUGCAGAAACCGCCGGCCAUAAUAUUUCGAGGUAGUCCUCGUGACUGCGAACUCGCCAGGUCCCUCAUUCUCGAACGCCAUCACCCAGAAGCGAAAUGCCCGCAAGCCAACAGUAGCCAGGAAUGUACCUGCUGCUUUUCGAGUGCCGACGAUCCUGUCAAGCUUGACUGCGGCCAUACCUACUGCCGUUGUUGCUUUGAUGGUCUAUGCGAAGAAGUGAAGCACAACAGGGUUCCAAUCGUGUGUUUCGGGGACCGCAGCGACUGCGGCCAAAUCGUCCCUUUGAAUGAGCUCAAGAAACUUCUCGAUCACCACCGAUUCGAAGCGGUCCUGGAGGCAUCAUUUGACGCCUACGUACGAUCCCAUCCAGAUAAGAUGCAAUAUUGUCCCACUCCGGAUUGUCCGACCAUCUAUAAGGUCUCUGACGCACCCGCCGUGUUCACAUGUGUUAAUUGCUUGACAUCCAUCUGCGUCAAAUGUCGACGACUGAGCCACGAUGGGCUCGGCUGUCAACAAGCCCACGACGAGAGCGCGGAAUCUCGUGAAACGGAGAGGUACAAAAGGGAAAACAACAUCAAAGACUGUCCGAAAUGCGCCACCGCAAUCUUCAAGGAGACGGGUUGUAAUCAUGUCGUGUGCCGGGGAUGUGAGAUACAUCUUUGCUGGGCGUGCCUGGAGAUGUUUGCCGUCGAGGACGAGUGCUAUCGUCAUUUGCAAACGGUGCACGGGACGUUCGGCGAUCUGGAUCCGGAGGCAUUGCAGAGGGCCGAGCUGGCACGCGUAGGCUGGGACCCGGACGUAGUAUUGGGACGGCUCUUGGGAGGGAGGUGGUGA